AUGGAGGUCUCACCGUUGAUGCGCGUUCCAGCAGAAGUACGGCUGAUGAUACUUGAAUACCUAUUCGAUGAUGGCGGACAUAAGCAAUUGCAAAUUCGGAACGCGGGAGUUGAAAAAUUACCAAAGACGGAAGACAGACGACGAAGGAGGUAUUACACCUUAGAACGGACAUUUCAUCGCCGCUGUUACGAGACGACCUAUCAUCUCGAAACCGAGGGUGUUAACUUCUGCGUAUCUGCCAUGAGAAUCAACAAGACGAUAUACGAAGAAACAUCAUACUUGGUCUAUGGUAGACACACGUUCGACUUCGGGCACGCAAUCGAAGCGGUCGAGCCUUUCCUCUCGGAUUUGACACCCCAGAGCCGCGGGCUUAUCCGAGAAAUAUCCUUGUAUAAGCGGGGGCCCGUCCCACCUUACGACAACGACAGGGGCGAGUGGCAAAGCGUGUGCCGGUUCCUAGAAAAUAACGGGUCUGUCAGAAAGCUGCGGUUGGUGGUGCAGAGUGGCCGUCCCAAUGCGACAUGGGAAGGGCCGAAAGAAUUCACCGCGGCAGACUUAAAGCUUCUCUUCGACCUCAAGCACGAGAGCUUAGAUUGGGUCGGGGAGCUCGCCCGCGUCAAGGGGAUCGAGGAGUUAGAGAUCCUACCGGAUGUCCAUUACUGCCCGCCACCAUCGUCUACCAAUAUGAUCAUUUUCGCUGCCCUCUCUGCUUCUAUUGAGAGGGGUCUAACGGAGUUCCUCAGAACACAGCUAUGCUUGCCUCUAUGA